AUGUGUAUAGAAGCAGUAUAUGAAUCAACAAAGUCAUCACAAGCAGCGAAAUAUGGAGGAUGUUUUACUGGAGAAGAUACAGUUACUACACCAAAUGGAGUGAAGAAAAGUUUAUCAGAAUUGCAAAUUGGUGAAAAAAUAUUAUCUUUCGACACUUCAAGCAAAAAAUUAGUUUUUAGUGAAGUUAUAUUAUUUUUAGAUUAUGACCCAUUACAGAAACGCAAAUUUCUAACAAUUUUUUUGGCAUCUGGGCGAACAUUUACAGUAACUUCUAAUCAUUUGUUGCUUGUAGGGAAUUUAAAGUAUACCAGAACAGUUUACGCUGAAAAAGUAAAAAUUGGUGAUAGCCUUUUAGUUAGCAAAUCAAACGGUACCAUUUUCGAAGAUAAUGUACUCGAAAUUAAAACAGUUAUGAAAACAGGUGUUUAUGCUCCACUUACACAGGUCGGCACUAUUGUUGUAAAUGAUAUGAUAGCAUCAUGUUAUGCAACAAUUGAUAGUCAAUAUUUGGCUCACUGGGCAUUUUUACCAUUACGACUUGUAUGGAAUAUAAAACAGAAUUUAUAUAGUUUAUGGUACCCUGUAAAAAAACCUUCAGUUAUUUGGUCUCGUGUUUCACCAUUAGUUACCCUCAAUAAACCUUCAAUAGGUGUGCACUGGUAUGCUAAGAUACUUUAUACAACAGCUAGCUAUUUUCUACCUUCGCAUUUACAUAAAUAAUUUGAAAAUAUUUUAAUUGUUGGCCAGUACGUAAAUGUUGAUCAAAAAUAGCGAAAUAUGAUACAAAUACUUUAAAAUUUCAUUAUAGACAACAAAUAUAAAAAAUUAUAAUUAAAAAAGUUUAUUAUAUUUGAACACUGCUUCAAAUGUAUUUUAAUUUAGUUGUUUCCCAUCAUUAUAAAUGUUUAUCUAGUCAAUUUAAAUGUGUUUUAUAAUAAAAUAUUAUUUAUCAGAACCAAUACCACUAAUUUUAUAAAAAAAAAAACAGAAAUUAAGGAUAUGGCAAAUAUAAGAAGAGUUACAAUUUACAACAUCACAAUUACCCUCCCAGAAUCAUACGGUCUAUUUAAAAACAAGAAAAUAGGUAAUUUUUAUUUUACAUUUUUGUUUCAACGAAUUCUAAUUUCAACUUAGUUGAUCUAUCAAAAAUAGUAAUAGAAAAUAUUUUAAUUAAAUAAUUUAA